CGUGGGGAAGCGCGUGAGCGCAGCAUCCCCAGGACAGAAGGGGGGGGGGGACGUCAGUGAGUUGAGUUGCAAGAGCCGGAAACUGUCCGGAGGAGCGCCUGAAACGCACCUUUUGCAAAUGCAGAGCCUGGUGACGUUUGAGGAUGUGGCCGUGUAUUUCACGAAGGAGCAGUGGAAUCUCCUGGACCCCAACCAACGAGCUUUGUACAAGGAAGUCAUGAUAGAGAAUUACGGGAAUGUGGCCUCCUUGGGAUACCCAGCUCCUAAGCCUGGCCUCAUCUGCCGCCUGGAACAAGGAGAAGAGCCCUGUGUGCCCGAUUCUCCGGAUGGAAGGAAGCUCUUUGACACCUGCUCAGAUAACCCUCGGAAAAAGCACUUGUGCACUGUGUGCGGCAAACGCUUCACUCAGAAACCGAACCUCACGCGGCACCUGAGAAUCCACACGGGGGAGAAGCCCUACAAGUGCUUGGAAUGCGGCAAAUGUUUCGGCUGCCACUCGCACCUGAUGAGCCACCAGAUUGUCCACACGGGGGAGAAGCCCUACAAGUGCUUGGUCUGCGACAAAUACUUCGGCCGCAAGGCGCACCUGGCCAGGCACCAGGGCAUCUACGCGGGGGAGACCCCUUACAAGUGCCUGGAGUGCGGGAAGCAUUUUGCCUGCCAGUCCCAGCUCGUCAUCCACCGGCGCUACCACACGGGAGAGAAACCCUACAAAUGCCUGGAGUGCGCCAAGUGCUUCGCUGACCCGUCGGCCCUGGUGAGCCACAAGCGGAUCCACGCCGUGGAGCGAUCCCACAAGUGCCUGGAGUGCGGGAAGAGCUUCGUCCAGCAGUCCCACCUCCUGAAGCACCGGCGAGUCCACACGGGAGAGAAACCCUACAAGUGCCCUGAGUGCGGGAAAUGCUUUGCCGACCGCUCCGUCUUCGCGAAACACCAGAGGGUCCACACGGGGGAGCGCCCCUACAAGUGCGCCGAGUGCGGGAAAACCUUCGCCCGCCAGGAACACCUCGGGAGCCACCGGAGGGUGCACACGGGCGAGAAACCCUACAAGUGCCUGGUGUGCGGCAAGUCGUUCGCCCGCCAGUCGCACGUGGUGAGCCACCAGCGCGUGCACACGGGGGAAAAGCCCUGCAAGUGCGCCGAGUGCGGGAAGUGCUUUUCGGAGCGCUCGACAUUCGUCAGGCACCAGAGGACCCACACGGGGGAGAAACCCUACCGGUGCCUAGACUGCGGGAAAUGUUUCGGCUCCCCGUCCCACCUGACCCGCCACCACCGGCGCCACACGGGCGAGAAGCCACACGGGUGUCCGGACUGCGGGAAAGCCUUUGCUGACCGCUCGGCCUUCGUCAAACACCAGCGCGUCCACACGGGCGAGAAGCCCUACAAGUGCGCUGAGUGCGGGCGGUGCUUUGCCAACCGCACCCACCUCGUGACCCACCAGCGCGUCCACACGGGCGAGAAGCCCUACGCCUGCUUGGAGUGCGGGAAACGGUUUAGUGCCAAUCGGAGCCUCAUUCACCAUCAGAGGCAACAUAUAGGCUAUCCUCUGGCCAAGUGCGUGGAGAACAUUUUGUUGACGAACCAAGCCUUGGGGUGUGAUGCCGGGGAAUCGGUGCAGGAAAACAAACUGUAUGAAUGGCUCGCAUCUGGGAAGUGGCUCAGCCUGCAAGGGUCUCUGGGUCAGAGUGAAGGUGUUCACACAGAAGAAGAUGCCUUGACCCAGGAUGGCAAAGCGUAUGUCGGAAGAAAGCACUGACCUCUGGCAGUCAGUUCUCUUUGAUGACAGACCGAGGUGACAUCACAGUCCAAAAGUGGUCAGAGAAAAUGACACUAAAGCUGAAACAAGCUUUUUCCAACACAUUUUGAAAAUCGACCACAAAAUAUGGGUGCUUUAGACUUUCAUUAGACAGUCUCUCUGAUUGUUUCAUUUUUUUAUAAGGUGUCAAAUAUAAAAUGCCAUAAGCUAGCAACUUUAAAAUAGUCAUAAACUAAAUACCAUUGCAUGUCAGCUAUAAAAUACUGGUAGGUAGGUAAAUACUAUUGCAUGACUAUUAUCAAACACUACAUACCAUUCCAUUCCAUCUUAUCAGAUUAUAGUAAACACUAUUGCAUGUCGGUGAUUAAAUACGGAUGUUUUGAAUGCCAGUUACUUAAAUGUGCUUAAACACUAAAUGCCAUUGCAUGCCAUCUGUCAAAUUUAGUGAAAUCAUAAAAAAAAACUUUGCAUGUUAGCUAGCAAAUAUAGUCAAAUACAAAUGCUAUUGCAUGCCGGCUUUCAAAUACUAAUACUUCUGCAUGUCGUCUUUGAAAUGCUUUCAAGUAACAACUUUCAGAUACUACCGGGCAUUAAAUAUUGACAAUGCAUAUUUAUUACUUGGCAUCAAAUAUCAGAGAGAGCUUAAUUUGCGAGGCAAAUGUGUCUCAGCUCUGAAUGGUACACUUGCAAUCUCCCCCAAAGGUUUGGGUAUGGUAUACAGUGCAAUGUGCAAUUCUGGUCACAUCUCAAAAAGGGUGGAGAGACUGAA